GCUUCCUGCCUUCUGGGUCGGUGCCUUAUCCAGCUCUAGAGCCGGCUCCCAGGGAGAACUCGGUGGAACUUCAGAAACGCUGGACAGGUCUGCCUUUCAACUGCUGCCCCUGGCCCUGGGAGCCGAGAUGUGGGGGCCUGAGGCCUGGCUGCUGCUGCUGCUCCUGGCAUCCUUUCCAGGCCGAUGCCCCGCCAGUGAGCUGGAGACCUCGGACUUGGUGACGGUGGUGCUGGGCCAGGACGCAAAGCUGCCCUGCUUCUACCGAGGGGAUCCUGGCGAGCAGGUGGGGCAGGUGGCAUGGGCUCGGGUGGACGCAAACGAGGGUCCCCAGGAGCUGGCGCUCCUGCACGCCACAUACGGGCUUCACGUGAGCCCGGCCUAUGAGGGUCGCGUGGAGCAGCCGCCGCCCCCGCGGGACCCCCUCGAUGGCUCCGUGCUGUUGCGCAACGCUGUGCAAGCCGACGAGGGCGAAUACGAGUGCCGGGUCAGCACCUUCCCCGCCGGCAGCUUCCAGGGGCGGCUGCGGCUCCGAGUGCUAGUGCCUCCUCUUCCCUCCCUGAACCCUGGCCCGCCACUUGAAGAGGGUCAGGGCCUGACCCUGGCAGCCUCCUGCACGGCUGAGGGCAGCCCGGCCCCCAGCGUGACCUGGGACACUGAGGUCAAAGGCACAGCCUCUAGCCGCUCCUUCGCACACUCGCGCUCUGCCGCUGUCACCUCCGAGUUCCACCUGGUGCCCAGUCGCAGCAUGAAUGGGCAGCCGCUGACCUGUGUGGUGUCCCAUCCCGGCCUGCUCCAGGACCAGAGAAUCACUCACACUCUCCAAGUGGCCUUCCUUGCAGAGGCCUCUGUGAGGGGCCUGGAGGACCAGAAGCUGUGGCACGUUGGCCGAGAAGGAGCCUCGCUCAAGUGUCUGAGUGAAGGGCAACCCCCUCCCUCAUACAACUGGACGCGGCUGGACGGGCCUCUGCCCAGCGGGGUACGAGUGGAAGGGGACACCUUGGGCUUCCCUGCGCUGACUGCUGAGCACAGCGGUGUCUAUGUCUGCCACGUGAGCAACGAGCUGUCCUCCAGGGAGUCCCAGGUCACUGUGGAUGUUCUUGAUGCUCAGGAGACCCCGGGGCAGAAGGUGGACCUCGUGUCGGCCUCGGUGGUGGUGGUGGGUGUGAUUGCGGCACUCUUGUUCUGCCUGCUGGUGUUGGUGGUGGUGCUCAUGUCUCGGUACCAUCGGCGCAAGGCCCAGCAGAUGACCCAGAAAUAUGAGGAGGAGCUGACCUUGACCCGGGAAAACUCCAUCCGGAGGCUACAUUCCCAUCACACGGACCCCAGGAGCCAGCCGGAGGAGAGUGUAGGGCUGAGAGCCGAGGGUCACCCUGAUAGUCUCAAGGACAACAGUAGCUGCUCUGUGAUGAGUGAAGAGCCAGAGGGCCGCAGUUACUCCACGCUGACCACGGUGAGGGAGAUUGAAACGCAGACAGAACUGCUGUCUCCCAGCUCUGGGCGGACCGAGGAAGAGGAGGACAGAGAUGAAGGCAUCAAACAGGCCAUGAACCAUUUUGUUCAGGAGAAUGGGACCCUGCGAGCCAAGCCCACGGGCAAUGGCAUCUACAUCAAUGGGCGGGGACACCUGGUCUGACCCAGGCCCCCCCGUCCCUCCCCUAGACCCGGCUCCUUCAGCUGACAUGGGGGAUUGUGGCUCAUCUUGGAGGGGACCUCUUAAAAGUCCCCAUUUCUUGAGGAAGAUGCUCCCCACCCCAGCGACUGCUCAACCUGUUCCUCCAAUCCUUCUGUUCACAGUGUG